UGAUCAUUAAAGACUUGAUAUAUUCUCAUAAUAUUUUAAUUGAACCGAAUGUGAAAAGAGGGACAGAGACUGUCGUCAAGGUUGUACGGGAAUUAUUUACUGAGGAAGAUUUGAUGAGAAAACUUGAGAGAAAUAGAAUCACAAAUAAAAUUUAUAACGAAAAUAUUAUAAGCAAACUAAAUUACAUAUUUUCAAUGUAUGAUAAUUAUAAAGACAAGACACUAACAAUUAAUGAGGCAUGUUUGGCCCUUCAUUCUCUUAAAGUAUUGUCACCAUUCGCUAGUCUUCCCUCUCUCCUUCCUUCCCUACCUUUCUCCAGGUGGGAGAGAGAUGGGAUUGAUUUUGAUGAGUUUUGUAUGUUAUAUUGCGAAUUGAGAUACCAUUCGUCAGUUAAACUGAGGGACACUGUUAGUAAUGGAUGGACUUGGAGUUUAGGGACGUACCUGCGGUCAUCGGUACAAUGGUUGUCAGGUAAUUUUAAGAUUUAAAAAACUUUGAUCCAGAGGAUGAAAUCCCU